CCUCAUUAGUUAUUUCCGGUCAUAACAAAACGCCUACCAGCAUGUUCCUGGUGUGAUGGAAAAUGGUAUUCGCUUUUAUUAUUUCCACAUUGACUGGGGAGAGACCUUUUGUCUUGUUCUAUCAAGUGUAUACAGAGAUAGCUCCCACUAUCAGUUCAGAACCAUCCGAUUCUCAAUCUGAGACAGUUGGACAUUUAUCUAGAACCCGGGGCUGCAAAAGUCACAUAGCAGGCAUUGCGGAGACUGUGCACUCCGAGUACCAGUUUAGACGUGAAACGAAAAGUAUAACAGCCGAAGAGGACCUAGCCAGGUUGACUAAUGAUGAUACAUUACCAGAUUUUGAAAUGGGGCAUUUCACAGUGCCACUUUCCUCCUUAUCCAGCACUUUCGCGGCCUCGGACAGCAUGUUCGUGACGUGGAUGGGGGCAGCUUUCACCGGAUUCACUUUAGUAUGCGAAGCGUGUGAGAAUCGCUUGCUCGCGGAACACAUUCUUCGACUUAUUGUGCGAUUUCUACAAGAGCAUGUACGUGUUCUGAAUCAACCAAUGGAAGUUGCUUCACGUGUUGAGCGUGUGAAUGAAGUGUUGAAACGUAUUUUACGUAACGGAAACCUGCUUUUCCUAAAUCACCGUGCAGUACGCCAAAUUGAAAAGGAGCUGGACAGUUCCAUGAAGACAUUAUCUUAAACAUGCGUGUUGAACCAUAAGUGAAUAAAUAUAACGUUAUAAUUACAUUGCCUAAUAUAAUUAUUCAUCUGUGUGAAAUGAUUGUUAUAUCAUUAGUAUGUCUUACCUGUAAACAAGAAAAUCCAUU